CCGGGCCGGCUCUCGACCCGGAAGCGGAAGUGUCCGCACUGCGGCGUCCGGUCCAGUGUGAGCUGGACCCGUGAGCCAGUCGUUCCGCUCGCUGGUUCACAUUGAGCUCCCUCUCCUGUCUGUGUCUUGCUCUCGGUCCCCGCCAUGCUGUCUCUAGACUUUUUGGACGAUGUGCGGCGGAUGAACAAGCGGCAGCUGUAUUACCAAGUCCUCAACUUUGGAAUGAUUGUCUCUUCAGCACUAAUGAUCUGGAAGGGGUUAAUGGUAAUAACUGGAAGUGAAAGUCCAAUUGUAGUGGUGCUCAGUGGCAGCAUGGAACCUGCAUUCCAUAGAGGAGACCUUCUCUUUCUAACAAAUCGGGUUGAAGACCCCAUACGAGUGGGAGAAAUUGUUGUUUUUAGGAUAGAAGGAAGAGAGAUUCCUAUAGUUCACCGAGUCUUGAAGAUUCAUGAAAAGCAAAAUGGACAUAUCAAGUUUUUGACCAAAGGAGAUAAUAAUGCAGUUGAUGACCGAGGCCUCUAUAAACAAGGACAACAUUGGCUGGAGAAAAAAGAUGUUGUGGGGAGAGCCAGAGGAUUUGUUCCUUAUAUUGGAAUUGUGACAAUCCUCAUGAAUGACUAUCCCAAAUUUAAGUAUGCAGUACUCUUUUUGCUGGGUUUAUUUGUGCUGGUCCAUCGUGAGUAAGAAGUCUGCUUUGCUGUUCCUGGGAAGACGCCAUUCUUUUUGUUACUGAAUGUUUGGAGUAGAUAUUGGUCUGUGGUUGGUGGAGUGGAGAACACACACGUCGGCGCUUCUUGGUAGCACUGGUUUGCAUUAGUUUCUGUUUCCACGCCAAGUAUGUGUGGGCGGGUGCAUGUGCACCAUGGGGUGCCCUUGAGGGGACUUUGAAUCACAGGAUUUCAUAGUUGUCAUUGUCACACUUUCGCAUUUUUGUACAUCAGUGAAUUUUUUAUAUUAAAAGAUUGAGCCAAAGCCCCCAGUGUUUGUAUUUUGAAGCCAAGCUUCACUUUUAAAGUGCCUACAGAGCUCUGUAAGUGAAAACACAGCUCUGCACGAGUCUGAAACUGUCAUACCUCCUUAUAAUGGGAAUGGCAUAUACUGAGGUGGUCAUAACUCUUAACUUUUCAAAAUUUUAAAUAAAAGACUUUGCACAUUGAA